GUAAGAAGAGAGAAGUUGAAUAUUCGGAGAGUGAGGGAUAGGGUCAGCAUCGGAGCGUAGCGUGACGUGGACUUUGUCCGUCCAACUCCAAGUUCUUGGGCAAAACAGCAGACGACAGAUUGAAUUUGUUAAUAGUUAGGAUUUUCAAUGGGAGCGAGGGUCGCUUACCGCCGUGAAGGCGUCGUUUGCCGCCAGCGGCGGCGGCGGUUGUUGGCGGAUCCUGACGUCCCCAACUCCGUUCCUCUCAAUUUGGAAUAGUCAAAUUCCUCCCCCACGCCGAGUCAUUUCGGAUUUAAUUAUUAUUUGGAAAAAAGAAAGAGCCGCCUUCUCUUGACCUUCUCUUCCCUUCUCCUCCAAUUCCCUCCCUGAUUCUCCUUGCAUCGCCAUUUCACCCCGUUGACUCUUGCAGAUUGCAUUGCCCAGAUACACAGAGAGAGGGAGAGCGCUGGAUGAUGGUGGAUGCGGUUUAUCCUCCUCCCUCUGCGGACUCCGCCCACGCCCGGGACGGUGCGAGCUUUGUCCGAGCAUACAAGGCUUGGAAAGGAAGUAAUAUAUUUGGUCUUCGAGGGAGGCUAAUAUUUGGACCUGAUGCUGGAUCUCUUCUCUUAACCCUACUGCUUAUCAUCGUUCCUGUUGCUGUUUUCUGUAUCUUUGUUGCCAGAAAAUUUAUUAACGAUUAUCAGCAUCACUUGGGUAUCUCAAUAAUGGUCGUGGUUCUUGUUUUGACCUUAUCUGUUGUAAUAUUCCUUCUGUUGACGUCAGGAAGAGAUCCUGGUAUAGUACCUCGUAGUACUCACCCACCUGAGACAGCAAAUUUUAUUGAGAAUUCUGAAAACAAGGAAGGCCAACUUUCAGAGAGACGCCCGUCACGAACAAAAGAGGUGAUGAUCAAUGGAAUACCAGUGAAGAUCAAAUACUGUGAUACUUGCAUGCUAUUCAGGCCUCCUCGAUGUUCUCACUGUUCAAUAUGCGACAACUGUGUUGAAAGAUUCGACCAUCAUUGCCCUUGGGUUGGCCAGUGCGUAGGAUUGCGGAACUACCGAUUCUUCUUCAUGUUCGUUUUCUCUGCAACUCUUCUCUGCAUAUAUGUCUUUGGCUUCUGCUGGGUCUAUAUCGCUAGAAUCAUGGACGGCAAGCAAGUCUCAGUCUGGAGAGCAUUGAUCAAAAGUCCUGCCUCCAUUGUGCUGAUAAUUUACAGUUUCUUAUCAGCUUGGUUUGUUGGAGGCUUGACUGUCUUCCAUUUUUAUCUCAUCAGCACAAAUCAGACUACUUAUGAGAACUUCAGGUAUCGCUAUGGUAGACAAACUAACCCCUUUAAUAAAGGGGUCUUAGACAACUUCAAGGAGGUAUUUUUCUCUCCAAUACCUCCAUCAAGGAACAAUUUCAGGGCCAAAGUACCCAAGGAGCCUCAGUUUCCUUCUCAAAGAAUGAAUGGCGGUUUUGUUGGCCAGAACAUGAGCAAAGUCAUCAGUGACACAGAACUGGGGAACAAUCCAAGCUGGAACGGCUCCACGAAAGAGUUUGUAAAUGUUGACAGAGAGACCUACAUUGAUGAUCGAACAGAACAUGGUGGGGGAUCAAUUUCUGAAUCAAAAAGAAUCAGUAUGGUGAAUUUACCAAAUGAGCCUCAAAUUUCAAGCCAAAUGGUGGAUGGAAUUGUGAGUUCUGGGACGAGUGAAGCCAUUGCCAAUAUAGAAACGGAGAUGAAUCUAACUGGGGAUAGCGCAGGUGGAGAUAUCGUUAAUGGAAGGACUACUGAUGGUGGUUUCGAAAAUGAUCAUGGAUUGAUUGAUUUGCAUCGGAAGUCUGAGGAGUGAGUGCAGGCUGGAAUAUGUCUAAUGAAGGUUUUGCAUUGCCAAGUGGAGAUGAUAAAACGGGACAUCAGAGAUUUGGAAACCUUUGGCAGAUUCACGAGACUUCGUGAAUCGGAAAAAUCUAUGUUUCUUAAUGUAAAAGAU